AUGGCAUUGUCAGAAGAGAAAGAAAAAGAAUUGGUAGAAAAAGUCGAACUUAGGAUUGCUUUGGCUGACACUCCAGAAAAGUAUCAACAAACCUUAGACAUUUUUUUGGCACCAUUACUAUUGAAAUUAUCUUCAAAUUUUGAAAGUGUGCGUAAAUCUGUAUUUGAUAUAAUAAAGGAUGUAUUAAUUAGAUUCAAUGCUUUGAAAACUGUGACUUUACCUGUUGACAAAUUAUUACUACAAGCGAAAACCCCAAAUUUAGAUCCUAAUCAAGACUCAAGUAAUGUAAGAUUAUACAGUUUACUGUUAGUAUCAAAGGGGAUAGAUAGAAUGGAUAAUGAUGCUAAGAAGGAAUUGAUACCAAAGGUAAUGGAUGGUAUUUCAUUAAUGCCAAUUAAUUCUUCUUCAAGAUUAUUUCAUAUUUUAUGCAAAUUAAUAUUGAGUUGGAAACCUCCAUUGAAAGGUUCUCCUGAAGAAGAUGAGAUAAGAAGUUUUUUAAAAUUAGAAAAUUCAGAUGAUUUGGAAUUUUUAUUAUCCUAUUUCACAAAAUUUUUUCUUUUAAUACCAGCAAAACCAAAUCCAGAAUCAGGCAUUGUCCCAAGAGGUUAUUCCUGUCCAGGUUUGAACUCCAAUGAUGUCUCUUUUUUCACUUAUAAUGCAGGUGUUAGUUUCACUCAAAAUCAACUGUUGCAAUAUAAAUCGGCAAUAUUCAAAUUUGUAACAAAUGGAUUUGUCCCUGAGGAUGAGGUGUUAGUUAAGUUUCUUUGUGUAGUUUCUGCUGAUAAUAGUGAUCUUUCUGACUCUGCAAAACAGAACUUGAAAAGGUUAUCGAUUCCUUAUGAAGAUAAUGAUUUUAUUUCAUUCCUAAUAAGGUUAUAUAUAGGUGAUAAAUCAACUGGUACUCCUCCAGUGAAACCGGAUUUACAAGAGAGAAUAAUGUCAAUAUUAAACAGUAGUAUAGUUGCAACUGAAGAUAGGAACAAUGUGUCAUUGAUAUGCUCUAUUGGGUUAAAUUCUUCAAAUUAUAAGUUGAGAUCUCUUUGUUUGGAGUUUAUUAGAUUAGUAGCAAAAUAUAACUAUCAAAAUCUUUCAAAUUCUGAGAGUGGUUCGAAUAUAAGUGGCUAUUCAACUUCAAUAGCAUCUCUAAUUAGAAAUAAUUUACAUACAGAAGGUUGGCCAAGAUUGCAAAUAGGUUAUUCAACCCCCAAUUUUAAUACAAGUAUUCUUCAAAGAAGAUUACAAUACGAGACGCUUGGUGACAUUCUAAGAAAGGACUUUGAAUUAGUAGAAGACAUGUCUUAUAUUGAAUUUCUGUUUGAUUCUCUGAAAGGUGAUCUAUCUGAGUUUAUAAGCAGUAUCCAAGAAGCAUUGACUUCCUUGACGAUACAUUUAAAAAGAUUGCCAAGCAAUUCUAAAGAAAAAUUGCGCAAAAUCUUGAAGAAUUUUUUAAAAGAUGAUUAUGAAUUAGAAUUAUUGGACGAAUCUAAAAAGGACUCAGUUAUGGCAUGUAGAUAUAUUUCAAUUAAAUUUGCCAACGCUGCAUUUGAUUUUGAUGAUCCAGAAGCUAGACUGCUAAAUAUUUUGGGUACAGCACGUACUAACAGGUUUGAUGUUAUUGAAGAAGCACAUAAGGGUUUGAAUCCGUAUUGGUUUAGGGUAACAACUGCUUCUAAUACAACAGAAUUUAAGAAAACAAGUGAUCUUCUAGCUUCUGAUAUUCAGGAGACAAAAUUUCCAGACACAAGAGAAAUUGUAGAGGUAGUGUUAAAAGAAUUGAAAAAUUCAAUUGGUUUAUCAAAAUUUACAAUAUCAAAAACAUUAGGAACAGCAACAAGAUUCAUUAAACAAUCAAUUAUUUCAAAUGCUAUUUACAGUGAAUCGACUAUUAUUUUACAAGAUGAAAAUUGGUCAUUACGUAUUGAAAAAGCUGCUGAUAUUGAUGAAAAAAUAGAUAUGCUCCUUUAUAAGCAUAUUAUACAAUUGGAAUCCCCCUGGUAUACGAAGUUUAUUAUUCUUCUAUUGAAUGAAUUUGUUUUAAAAACUCAGGAUGGGAAACAAUUAUAUUUUUCGGAAUAUGAAGACAGUAUAUUUGGGCAAACACUUUUAUUUUUGUUGAAGUACUCAAGUAGGUCAACUUUAUCUGAAUUAAAUCGACAACUAACGGAUCUUUUUGAAUAUUUACUGGAUAUUGACAAAAGAAAUGAUACUGAUCUUGAUAUUGCAGCAAAUUCAUUAGGUAUUAUUUCUACUGAAUGUUCAAACUCACCAGAACUAAACUUUAUACUACAAUCCCUUGAAAAUAAUUUUUCAAGUAUGGAUAAGUGUACUUUGAUUUAUACCGCAAGUUAUGCUCUUCCUAGGUUAAUCCUUUCAAUAGAAGAAAACUCAAGAUAUCGUACAUUGGCGGAAUCAUUACUUGACGAAAUUGAAAACAAUUUCAACCAUUCUAAGAUAAAGAAAUACAUUCCAAAAUUUAUCUCACAGAUCGCUAAACAUUCUGUGCUACUAAAUUUUGGAAUUGAGAGAAAGGACCAAUUUAUUUCAAAAUCAAUUGAAUUUUUAUCUCCAAGAUUAUUAAGUGAUGAAUCUUCAAUUGAAGCUAUAGGUAUACUCUCUAUUUAUUCAGAAGAUACUUCAACUACUGAAAAUAUUUUUGAGAAACUAUUUGAUACUCAUACUUCAAGUCAAGUCGAACUUUUAUUCUCAGUUGGUGAAGCUUUAUCUGUAUUAGCUAGUCGUUGGGAAAGCAAAUUCCUGUCAAAACAACUUGACGUUGGAGGACAAUUGGAGAAGUUGAGUAAAGCUUUUCCAGGUAAAAACGAAAAAUAUGUGUUAGAAAAGGUAAUGGAAGCAUGUGACAAUACUAAGCCCUCAUUGAGAAAAGCUUCAUGUAUAUGGCUAUUAUCCAUAGUUCAGUAUUGUGGUUCUAGUAACAUAAUUAAAGAAAAUUGCAGGGAUAUCCACAUGAAAUUUUUGCGCUUCCUAGGUGAUCGUGAUGAAUUUGUGCAGGAAUCUGCUUCUCGAGGUUUAAGCUUGGUAUAUGAACUAGGUGGUAAAGAUUUAAAAGAAGAUAUGAUCAGUGGUUUAUUAACAUCUUUUAUGGAUACAUCCAGUGGAAUGAAAAUGACGUCUGGGUCUGUUUCUAAUGAAACACAAUUAUUUGAAAAUGGGACAUUAAACAUUGGAGAUGAUUCUGUUAGGACAUACAAGGAUAUUUUAAACUUAGCCUCGGAGGUUGGAGAUCCCUCUUUAGUAUACAAAUUCAUGGCUUUAUCAAAAAAUUCAGCAUUAUGGUCAUCAAGAAAAGGUAUUGCUUUUGGGUUGGGUGCAAUUAUGUCAAAAGUGUCACUAGAUAAAAUGUUAGUUGAGAAUGAAAAGAUUGGGAUAAAAUUGAUUCCAAAACUUUUUAGAUACCGUUUUGAUCCAAAUACUUCGGUUUCUAAUUCUAUGAAUGACAUUUGGAAAACAUUAGUUCCUGAUUCUUCGACAGUAAUCAACUUUUAUUUUGAGCCAAUUUUAUCGGAGUUACUGUCCGACAUGUCAAAUAAAGAAUGGAGAGUACGUGAAGCAAGCACAUCAGCACUACUUCAAUUAGUUCAGACUCAACCGAAAGAAAAACUUGCAGACAAGAUAAUUGAUAUCUGGACAAUGGCAUUUAGAACUAUGGAUGAUAUCAAGGAGUCUGUGAGAGAAGUUGGUACAAAAUUGACAACUGCACUUGCAAAAAUUCUUGCACGUUCUGUUGAUAUUAAAAAUGGUGCAACACCAGAAGCUUCAUCUCAAACCCUAAAAAUAAUAUUGCCAUUCUUACUAGGAUCUAAAGGUAUAAACAGUGAUGCAGAAGAUAUUAGGUCAGUGGCUCUGAAGACUCUCUUAGAUUUGGUCAAAAAUGCGGGGCCAUCUAUCAAAGAAUUUGCACCACAAUUAGUAUACGAGUUUACAUUACUAUUUUCAUCUAUUGAGCCUCAAGCUAUUAAUUAUUUAGCUUUGAAUGCUGAAAACUACAAGUUAGACUCAAGCAUGAUCGAUGCACAAAGAAGCAAUGUUGUCUCUAAUUCGCCCUUAUUUAAUGCUAUUAAUUUACUGAUAAUUAACUCUGAUGAUUCAAAUAUGGAGAGUCAUGUAAAUAAUGCCAUCAAGGCAGUCAGAAAAUCGGUAGGAUUGCCAUCAAAGGUUGCAGCAUCUAUUGUUCUAAAUACAUUAGUCAAAAAAUAUGUGCUAACUAUUGGGCCAUUCUGUGGUAAACUACUUAAAUGCUGUGUUAACGCGAUGGACGAUCGUAAUGAUUCUGUCAAAGAGGCGUUUGCUGUAAGUUUUGGUCAUAUUAAUAGAAUUUCUUCCUUAGAUAAAGCUAUAAAAUAUGCCAAUAUGGUUGCUGAAAAAUAUUUUUCAUCUUCUUCAAUAUCAGAUAAAAAAGUUGUAGGAACAAUUAUUAACUCUGUCUUAAAGUAUGCAAAUACCCAAUUCAACAAUUUAGCAAGUAUUUACAUGCCAUUAGUUUUCAUUGCUUCUAAUGACCCUGAAGAGAAAAUGGGCAACUACUUUAAGGAAAUAUGGAUAGAAGGUACAACAUCUGGUACUGGUACUGUUAAACUUUAUUUGCCUGAAAUCAUGGACUUAUUGGAGAAAAAUAUUUCCUCUUCAGAUUUUUCACUAAGACAUACCUGUGCUAAAUCCGUUUCAAGACUUUGUCUAGAUGUAGAUACUUCAUUAAAAGAAAGUGAAGUUCUUCGUUUGUUUGGUAUAAUAAUUAAGGCACUUGAAGGAAGAUCAUGGAAUGGUAAAGAAGCUGUUGCUGAUGCCAUUGUCUCCUUGGUUUUGAAAUUUAAAGAUGUCGUAAUUAGCAAUAUUGAAUUACAGGAAACCAUAACCAAAACUUUAUGCACAGAAGUUUCUAGAAAGAAUGAAGUAUAUGUUAGGAAAGUAAUAUUCCCCUUUGCCAGCUAUCUUGGUGUUUUUUCAAAUGACGAACUGAUAGCUAAGUUCAUUUCCAUUUCUCAAAUAAUUAUUGAUGGUUAUGAGCCAGAUGCGGAAGACGCUGAAAAUUCAGGAAAUUUAACAACUAAAAGAAUCAAAACAUCAAAUGAUAUUAGCAAAAAGUCAUCUAAAGAAAACAUAAAGAAAGAGGAAUUUCUAGUUAAAUUGCUGAGAGCUUCUUCUAAACUAUGUAAAAUUCAAAAUGAUGGAAAUUAUCCAACAUCAUUGUUGAGCUUCAUUGUCGAAAACAUAUCAUUGCUUUACAAGAACGAUUAUGUGCUAUAUACGUGGAGAACACAACUAGCCGCUAGUGAAAUUGGUUCAGAGAUAGUUGAAUUACUUCCUGAAGAUGGAUAUCCCUCGCAGAUAUUGGAAGAAUUUAGAAUAUUAUGGGAAAUCAUUUUUGAACAUAAUUGUAAUUCAGAGAAUAUAGAGAAUGUGAAGUUAAAGAUGGUAAUGUUGGCAGGUAACAUAAUUUCAAAGUUUCCGGAUUUAAGAUUAAUGGUCGAGAAGAAUUUAAUUGACUUUAGUGAGCAAGAUUUGACUCCUAGGAUUGAGGCUGAAUUGAAGUCAUUAUCCUUGAACAAGUAA